UCAAUAAAUGCUAGAAAGGAAGAGUUCCGAAAGUAUUUGGAAAAGAAUGGAGUUGUAGAAAGUUUUACUAAAUCACUCGUUGCUUUGUAUGAAGAACCAGAAAGACCACCAAAUCCAUUAGACUACAUUAAACAUCAUCUUGGAGGACCAUCAGCCGAAGAUAUUGAACAAUUAAAACAAGAAAACGAAAAACUCAAACAAAGAAUUAAGGAUCUGGAGGAACAAAGAAAUCAAAAUGAGGAUAAAAAGGAUGACGAUAAAAAAGAUGAUAGUCAGAAAUAA